UGGCUUCUGCCUAGUGAGGAAGGGUAUUUGGAGGCUGAAGGUUUAGAGAAGACAUGGCAUAUUAAGCAGGAGUCUAUAAUUCGCGAAGUGGAUGUUAUAAGUUCAAGAAAGCCAUUUGAUAUGAUCUUACCAGAGUUGGGUCCAUAUACACUUGAAUAUACUUUGAGUGGCCGUUAUAUGUUGGUUGGAGGACGGAAGGGUCACCUGGCAAUGAUAGAUAUGAUAAGCAUGGAUCUAAUCAAAGAGUUUCAGGUUAGGGAAACUGUGCGUGACGUGGUAUUCUUACAAAAUGAGCAAUUUUUUGCAGUAGCUCAGAAAAAGUAUCCAUAUAUCUAUAACAGGCAUGGCACUGAAAUCCACUGUCUAAAGGUAAAUUUUUUCUUAAAAGUAAAUGACUGUGGGUGGUUGUUAUCAAGUAAUCCAUGUUUUCUCAUGCUUGUUCUUGGUUUAUCAUAAUAGUGGAGGAGCAUAUAAAGUAGCUUAACUUAUUGA